AUGGGAAGGAAAAGCAGGAAGCGACGGAUGCUCAAGCCGUUCUGCUACUUCUGCAACCGCGAGUUCGACGAUGAAAAGGUCCUCAUCAUGCACCAAAAGGCCAAACAUUUCAAGUGUGGAGAAUGCAAUCGCAAACUGGAAACAGCGAAUGGUCUCUCCGUUCAUAUGCAACAGGUGCACAAGGUCGUACAGCGCAAGGUUCCGUUCGCCUUGGAGGGCAGAGAUAACAUCAGCUCCAUUGUACAAGGGAUGCAAGGGGUGCCUUUUGAUGCCAUCGAGGAGCACCAACUUAAGCAUCAGAAGAAGAUGGGCGAUAUAGACACCUGCAAGCAGCAGAGGAUCAGCUGGGCAGUGGUAAUGACGGCACCGACGCCCGAGCAGUUCCUGGCGCAGCUCUCGAUGGGCAACGUAUACUUCCCGGGCUUCACUGCACCUCACGAGACGUACAUACCGCCCAAGCCGUACCUAUUGGGGCAGAAUCCAUAUGCCACUCCUAUUCCUCCAGCGCCACCGUACGGGCAUGACGGGCAGCCCCGCAGGCACGGAGGGCCAGGCGGGACACAUCACGCCGGCGGAGCAGACGACAGGCGCGGACGGAGGUUGUCAACCGGAGUAGGAGCUGGCUCGUAUCAGCCACACGACGAAAUAGCGCGGCAGAAGGGAUUCGCGCCUUCAGGCACGGGGCCGCUCAUCCUUGGGCCAACCGGUAUGCCCAUCGAAGCCCCCAGCAGUGGCGGAUUCUCAGACGCAAGAGGUGGUUCGCGGCCUAUGGUGGCACGUUCUCUGUCUAUUGGCACAGGCGCAAUGGGAUUCACGCCCGCGCCUAAGGGAUUCAGUGACGGGCCAGCUGCUGCGGCGGUACAUACUGCCGCGCGAGCCGAGCCCUCUGAUGCACACGGGUUCCGCAAAGUGGGAGGCUUCAGCGACGCUCCAGCCGGGCCAACGAAUCCAGCUGGGUUCAGCGAGGCGCAAGGACCCAGCCGGCCGCAGCAAGAGCUGCACAAGCAGAGCCCAGGGUUCUCCGACGCGCCGCAGCCCCCUGCCAGCGCAGUGGCGGCGGAAAGCAGCUCUCCGACGCUGCCAGAAGUGUCACCGAGGCCACCGCAAGUAGAUGAUCAUGAUACAUACAUGGCCCUCGAAAGCAGCGAGGUGGAAGUAGCGGCUCCUGCCGACAACGCCAUGGCCGUCGACACGCAGAUAUAUAGAGCAUCUGGAGUUGCGCCGCUGUUCAUACCGCCGCCCACACUGGUCAACACGAAGCUCCUGCACGAGGCGGACAUGGAGUCCAUCGAGGAGAUGCGAGCAGCACGGCUUUACGGCUGGCAAGAGGCUGCAUAA